UGAAAAGGUAGGAAUCGCGCUGCAUCCUGGGUACACUACUCCAUGGUGAUGCAGUGAGCCUGUUGUGUAGACGGGAAACCAAAGUAAAGUAAACGGGGGAGGGUCCGCUACGGGGGGGCUUUCAGCGAGUUACAAUGCGUCUUUCACGGUGUUGAACAGUCUUGGUGAACGAUGAGCCAACUUCGCCGGUCGUCUCGAAGCGGAAUGAGCCACUCCUGAGCGCAGAAAACGAGUCCUUCUUAGCGGGGGGAGAGCGAGAAUGCAGAAGCCGAGCGUCCUGCUCCCUGUUGUCGGCUUGACUGGGAAAUGGUAGCGUACUGCAGGCACCGCACUUGGAAGGAACAUGGUCGAGAGGAGCAGCAAAUUCUUGUUGAUCGUCGUCGGAUCCGUGUGUUUCAUGCUGAUUCUCUAUCAGUACGUGGCCCCCGGGGUGAUCAAUUUCGGCUCCCCACACGGUUAUUUCACGGAGGAAGACGAGGGGGACAUCUUCCCGACUCCGGACCCCCACUACGUUAAGAAAUACUACUUCCCCGUCAGGGACCUGGAGAGGACGAUUGAUUUCCAGAUCAAAGGAGAGGACGUGAUCGUGUUUUUGCACAUCCAGAAGACCGGCGGGACUACCUUCGGCAGGCACCUGGUCCAGAAUGUCCGUUUGGAGGUCCCGUGCGACUGCAGACCGGGCCAGAAGAAGUGUACCUGCUACCGGCCGAACCGCAAGGAGACCUGGCUCUUCUCCCGGUUCUCCACUGGCUGGAGCUGCGGCUUGCACGCCGACUGGACCGAGCUCAUCAACUGUGUGCCGGGGGUCCUCAACAAGAAGGAGAACAAACAGAAAAAUCUAAG